AAGAACAGUAGAAACCCUAAAUUUUCCCUGUUGUCUCCCCCUUUCCCACAUACACACGCACACAUAGUAAGAAGUAUCUAGAGAUUCCAAGAGCGAGCGAGCGAGCUGGGGUUUCAGAUUCGACCGUAGAUUUGGAUUGCGGCGGGUUAAAUCAUUUUCCGGGGCUUCGAUAGCCGGUGAUUUGGUGAUGGCGGAGGUGGCUAACGUCCGGGAGGAAAGGAAUGGAGACGAUCGGAGUGAGACGAGCGAUUACGAUUACACGUCGGAGGAUGAAGGGACCGAGGAUUACAGGCGCGGAGGCUACCACGCUGUCCGAAUCGGCGAUUCCUUCAAGCACGGUCGAUAUGUGGUGCAGAGCAAGCUUGGUUGGGGCCAUUUUUCCACAGUUUGGCUUGCUUGGGAUUCUCAAAAAUCUAGGUAUGUUGCUUUAAAGGUUCAGAAGAGUGCACAACAUUACACUGAAGCUGCAAUGGAUGAGAUUACAAUAUUGAAGCAGAUUGCUGAGGGAGACCCAGAGGAUAACAAGUGUGUGGUGAAGUUAUUGGAUCACUUUAAGCAUUCAGGGCCUAAUGGGCAGCAUGUAUGUAUGGUUUUUGAGUAUCUGGGUGACAAUCUUCUGACCCUUAUUAAGUACUCCGACUACCGAGGGAUCCCGCUUCACAUGGUCAAAGAAAUUUGCUUUCAUGUUUUGGUCGGUUUGGACUACCUGCAUCGCCAGCUUUCUAUAAUACACACAGAUUUGAAGCCAGAAAAUAUACUACUAUUGUCAAUGAUUGAUCCAUCUAAAGAUCCAAGGCAAUCAGGUGCACCGCUCAUUCUUCCUUUGAGUAAGAGUAGGGCUUUAACUGAGGCUGGGUCCUCUAAAGAUGCCAAGACUUUGAACGGUGACCUAACAAAGAAUCAGAAAAAGAAAAUUCGUAGAAAAGCUAAACGAGCUGCACAAAGGUGUGCAGGGAAGGAAGCUGCAGAGGACAUUGAGCAAGAUAAUGAGGCAACAAGUGCUGAAGAAUCUUGCCAUGAUGAGAAAACCAAUGUGGACUUUGCUGAAGAGCAAUCCAACUCUUCGGCUGCCAAAGAUAAGUCACCACUAGGUGAAGGAACAAAGGAUGGACAUCAGGGGAGUAAAAGAGGUAGCCGUUCUAUUAGGCAGAAACUGCUCGGUGAGGUUGAUCUUAAGUGUAAAUUAGUAGAUUUUGGAAAUGCAUGUUGGACAUAUAAACAGUUUACAAGUGAUAUUCAGACGAGGCAGUACAGGUGUCCGGAGGUCAUUCUUGGAUCUAAGUACUCAACAUCCGCUGAUCUAUGGUCAUUUGCUUGCAUAUGCUUUGAGCUGGCCACUGGAGAUGUUCUCUUUGAUCCUCACAGUGGCGACAGCUAUGACAGGGAUGAGGAUCACUUGGCCUUGAUGAUGGAGCUUCUUGGGAUGAUGCCACGUAAGAUUGCUUUGGGUGGCCGCUAUUCACGGGAAUUCUUUAACAGAUUUGGAGAUCUAAGGCAUAUUCGUCGAUUAAGAUUCUGGCCCCUUAACAAGGUGCUAAUGGAAAAAUACGAGUUUAGUGAGCAAGAUGCAACUGAUCUGGCAGAUUUCUUGAUACCGAUACUUGAUUUUGUGCCUGAGAAAAGACCUACUGCAGCACAAUGUCUUAGUCAUUCAUGGAUCAGUACAGGCCCCAGGCGGCUUGUGCCAUCUUCUUGUAAUCCUCCAAUGCAGGCAAUUGAAAAUGGCAGUGCUGAAAAGAAGAGAGAUAAGGAUGAGAGGGAGGCGAUGGAAGUUAGAGUUGGGAAUAUGAACAUUGAUGGUAAAUCAAAGCAAGUUAAAGAUUCUCCAUCAAAUGUAAACCUACCAAAACAGUGAUAGUUAAUUUAUUCUGGUAUUGCUUUGUUUUAUGUUGCCGUUGACCCUUUUGUGGUUCACAAAGUUUAGUAAAUUAAAAUGUUUGCUCAUUAAUCAUCAAAAAGUUUAAGCUGUUAGAGGAUA